UAAAAGUCAUAAAACGCUCUCGAGUGUGAAGCAGCGAGUGAAAAUAAGGAAAAUUUUAAAUAAAUAGGGGGAUAAUUUGGGUGCAUGAAAGAGAGAGAGGAAGAAAGGAGAGAGAGAGAGAGAGAGAGAGAGAGAGAGGAAAGCAGAGAAAAAAAGUAAAGAGAGAAAAGAGAAAAGAAAGCUACGGAGUAAAAUAUCAUACGGUCGCCGUCUUGGCUUCUGCUCCAACUGCGAGAGACGAAGAAGCGGCAAGGCGGACCGUGAUGCCACGAGCGAUUGCAAAAGUAGUGGCCGUGCUUGCAUUGGCGGCCACAGUAUGGGCGAAAGCAUCCUUACUUCAAGUCCGGAGUGAUGUCAACAAACUGACGAUGGAUGCUACGACGAUACAUUUCGUGCACCCGAGAGGAGAAGCUCACGUCAACUGGGGCCUCACACUCCCUGAAGGCGCAGAAGGGGAAGUCUGCGGCGAAGGAGAUUCCUGUCUGGACUUCGGCGUGGCGAAGGUGGUAGUCACGGCGGAGGACCAUUGCCAAAAGGUGUCCUGGUCGACCACCUCUCUGCAGGAGCUCAAGGACUGCGUGGCGAUCGAGGGGCAUUGGUACGGCGGCGGGGAGCAGAUCUCGCAGCCGUGGCCCCUGGAGAAGACACCGCGCCCCGAGACGCCCUUCGUCACGGCGGACAUGCUGCAGAAGAGGGCCCAGUGGUACGGCGGCGUCUCUGAAGCGUAUUGGGUCUCCUCCCAGGGCGUCGCUGUUCGGGUAGAAGAAUCAACGCCGCUGUUCCUGAGCGUCCCUGACCACGACAACGACACCAUCGCCGACGAGCUGUGUCUAGGGGCACGUCACGAGGCGCCCUUCGCUGCUCCUGCCUCGGCUCCUCUCGUCCUCGAGUAUUUCCUCUGCUCCGGAGAUGACGUCAGGCAGGUACACGAGCUGACCUUCCCCAAAUUCUUCUCGCUUCCCGAGGGCGUGCCGGACGAGAGGAUGAUGCGGGACCCGAUCUGGUCGACGUGGGCGCAGUUCCACACCCAGGUCAACGAGUCAAAGGUGUUCGACUUCGCGAUGGAGGUCAAAGGUCGCGGGUUUAACAACAGCCAGAUUGAGAUAGACGAUAACUGGGAGACCUGUUACGGAGACGCUGUGUUCAACCCCGACCGCUUCCCCGAUCCUAAAAGACUGUUCGAUGACCUCAAGAACGAAGGCUAUCGAGUGACCCUGUGGAUCCAUCCGUUUAUUAAUGACGACUGUGAGUCCUAUGCUUACGCUGAUGAACACGGAUAUUUUGUGAAGGACUCAGAGGGCAACACCCAGCAGACCUCCUGGUGGCAGGGACGUCACUCGGGGAUCAUCGACUUCACCAACCCCGCGGCGGCCGAGUGGUGGAGUGCGAGGCUCGUGAAGCUACGUCAGGAGACCGGCCUUGACAGCUACAAGUUCGACGCCGGGGAAGCUUCGUGGCUGCCGGAGAUUUUCACCCUCGGAGUCGACGAAAAGUUCUGGCCAAAUGCCUACACGUUUAAGUACGUCGAGACGGUGGCCCAGUUCGGCGGCAUGAUCGAAACCCGCGUCGGGCGUGGCACUCAGAGGCACCCUGUGUUCGUGCGGAUGCUGGACAAAGACUCCAUCUGGGGAGACUACAACGGCCUGCAGACGAUGGUGCCUUCGCUUCUGCAUUUCGCGUAG